AUGAAAGCACAAUUACAGGCUAUUUCUUUGAGGAUUCAGGCAGUAAGAAGCAGUGAUCAAAUGACGAGAUCUAUGAGAGAGGCAACUGGAUUGCUAGCCGGUAUGAAUAGAUCCAUGAAUCUGCCUCAGCUACAAAAAAUAUCAAUGGAAUUCGAAAAACAAAGUGAUUUGAUGGACCAAAGACAAGAGUUUAUGGAUGAGGCCAUUGACAAUGUAAUGGGAGAUGAGUUGGAAGAAAAUGAAGAUGCAGAUGAAAUAGUUAACAAAGUUCUUGAUGAAAUUGGAAUUGAUUUGAACUCCCAAUUACAAAAUACUCCUCAGCAUGAGUUAAAACUACCAGGAGAAGCUGAAUCGCAGAAUGGGGUAGCAGAAACCGUAGGUGCUUCUGGGUCUGGGGGUGAUACGAAAAUGAGUCCUGAUGAUGACCUUCAGGCCAGAUUAGACAGCUUAAAGAGACAAUAA